AUGCCGUCUGCUAUGCUAUCCACAUCCAACCACCAGCGAGCCACGCAGUCAGCGUUUCUACCUGUGGGAGCAGUCUGCGAAGUGGUCGAUGGCAAGACAGGUCAUGCGUACCCGGCUACAAUCGUCUCACGCAGAUGGGGCAGCUCCUCCAAUCCUCCAUCCGCUGGAGGGGCCGACAUCGACAACGUCCAGUACUAUGUCCACCGCCACGGCCAGGACAAACGCAUGGACGGCUGGGUGGAUGAUUCCUCCAUCCGACCAGCUUCUGCACUCUCCAACUUGGACGUGAAACUCGAAGUGCCUUCGAACCAUCCUUCGACUCCAAUCAAAGGCGCCAAUGGACUGGCAUCAGCCUCCGCAAAUCCAACCCCGCAUUCCAUGGAGAAGGGCAAGAGGAAGGCGGAACACGAUCUUGUCAACGAGGGCAGCGAUGGGAGUCGCACGCCCUCACUCAGCCGGCAGCCAUCUCCGGCGCUUCUCGACCGCAAUGCCAAUCACCGCGGGAGGCAAAAGACAGCUGCAUCUCCUUCAUCCGACACGCCAGCCUUGCGAAACAUCGAUCGCGUCCUAUACGGGAACUACGACAUCAAGACGUGGUACCACUCUCCCUAUCCGCUCGACCAUGAGGAUGCUGCCGACGGGCAAGACAACUGGGCUUCCCACUCGGCUUCCGCUCAUGCAUCUGCAAGUCAUUCGAGCAACAAGCGCAAUCAGUCUCCUGCGUCUGCGACAAACAAACGUGCAGCUCGCAAGGAGAACCUAAGCAGCCUCGGGGGAGCCUUAUCCUCGUCGGCGCGUGAUGCACCUGCCAUCAAGGCACUGGCCGCAGUGGGCACAGCAGCAAUAGCAUCAGAUUCUGCCUUGCCAUCGGGACGACAGUCGCCUGCGUCGCCUUCCACCACAAGCGGGUUCAAGGGCAAGUACAAGGAGGUAACCCCGACCAAGAUGCUUUGGAUCUGCGACGGAUGCUUCAAAUACAUGAAGACGUACAACGGCUUUGCGGCGCAUCGCAAGUUCUGCCGCCACACGCACCCGCCUGGUCGCAAAGUGUACCAACGCGGAGCGCACAUCAUCUGGGAAGUUGAUGGGGCGGCGCAGAAGCUCUACUGCCAGAACCUCUCGCUCUUUGGCAAACUCUUCAUCGAUCACAAGACCAUCUACUUUGACGUGGAGCCGUUUGUGUUUUACGUGCUCACCGACGCUGCUACUGCGUCGUUCGACCAUCCGCUCGGGUUUUUCUCCAAGGAGAAGAUCUCGUACGAUGACUACAACUUGGCGUGCAUUGUCACGUUUCCGCCAUUUCAGCGCAAGAGCUUUGGCACGCUCAUGAUUGAGUUUUCGUACUACCUGUCGGCAGCACAGGGGAUGCUGGGCACGCCGGAGCGGCCGCUGUCGGAUCUGGGGUUGAAGGGAUAUCUUUCCUUCUGGACGGCUGUGUUGCUAAGGGCACUUGUGGGCUGCUUUGAUGGGCCGCUGCGCAUUGCGAGUGGCAGCAGUAGCACACCGGCGAGACAGCGCCGACUGUCGUCUGCUGCUGCUGCUGGCGAUGUCAGCGAUGCUGGAGCAGCGACGGACAACAGAGUCAAGGCGGAGGAUGCACUCCGAAAAUGGCACAUCCUCACACUGCGGUGUAAGCUCCUAGGGCUGUCGCUGGAGUCGAUCUCGCACCAGGUGGGAUUCGCAGAGCUGCAGCGACUCGCUGCCGAAGUCGCCGAGGCAUCCGAUACACACGCCAGCACAGGUUCGAGCGCUGGAUCGCACAAGCGUAAGCUGCGGCUCAAAGGGUGGGCGGGCAGUGCGCCUACGCGGACGGCUCGGCCACCUCCACCUCCACCGCCGCCUCACGCUCAGCCUGGCAAUGGUGCCCUGGCAGCAACAAAGGUAGACAGUGAGGGUGCGGCAGCCCGGCGGUCGUCCCGAGUCGCAGCGAACGGCUCGGAUCCUGAACUGGUAGCCGUGCACCCAGCACUGGACAUUUCCGCGUUGGGCGACCGCGAAGCCCCCUGCACGAUGGCAGUAACCGUGGAAGCCUUGUCGCGCCUCACGCACUUACGGACGGACGACAUUGUGCUCGCGCUGUCCGAGGCUGGGCUUGUCGAUGCACCGGGCACGCCGUUCCUGCCCACGGCGGACGAAGCUGUGACACAGAGCGGUGUAGCUGGAGCGACUGCUGCUACUGGUGAUGGUGGUGGCGGGCAGCUGAAGCAGACGAAUGGAAUCGGUCGGUCGGGCAGCGGUCUCGCACUGGUGCUCACGCGCGAUGCGGUUCGCGAAGCAGUCCGCAAGUUCAACGUGCGGCCUGCGGUGCUGGACGAGUCGUAUGCGCUCAUUUGA